AUGUAUCUAUCUUUUCCUAGCUACAUCAACCCUCACCCCCUCCUUAUUUCUAAUCUAUAUUUCACACUCAUUAUGAUCUUUCUUUCUUUCUUUCUUUCUUUCUUUCUUUCUUCAAUAGAUUUAUUUUUCUUCUCUUUCUAUUUUAUCAUUCUUCUUUCUUUUCUUUCUUACUUUCUCGAAUUUAUUCGUUUCUAUCUAUCUAUCUAUCUAUCUGUCUGUCUAUCUAUCUAUCUGUCUAUCUAUCGGGGCAAUCUUCGUCUCGCUAACUCAUUCUAUUUGCAUCUAACUACCCCACACUAUUCAUCUCUCUCUCUCUCUCUCUCUCUCUCUCUCUCUCUCUCUCUCUCUCUCUCUCUCUGCUGUCUAUGUAAGUCUCUUCGUAUCUAUGUUUCUAUCUGGGCAUUAUUCAUCACUCUUACCCAUUCUAUUUGCAUCUACCUAUCUGUACUCUAUUCAUCUUACUCUCCCUCCCCCUCCCUCCCUCUCUCUCCUCCUCUCUCUCUCUCUCUCUCUCUCUCUCUCUCUCUGUCUAUCAGUCUUUUGUUAUUUAUUGUUUUUGUUAUUAUUAAUUGUAUACCCUGUUCAUCUCUCUCUUUCUCUCUCUCUCUUUCUCUCUCUCUCUCUUUCUCUCUCUCUCUCUCUGUUUCUCUGUUAUCUCCUAGUAUCCGAUCUAUCUAUCUAUCUAUCUAUCUAUCUAUCUAUCUUUACCUCAUACUCCACUUCUAUUGUUAUUUUUCAUCGAUCUGCAUUUGUCAGCCUUCAUAUAUUUAUAUUUUAAAAACGUCUCUGUAUCAUAUCUCUCUCUAUUCAACUAAGCAUUCAUGUACUUGUAAAAUAUACCGAUUUUUCUACCUUUGUUAG